GCGGCUGUGAGGCGGAGCAGCUUCAGUCGUCUGUCCUCUCUGACUCCUUGUGGACUCAUAUUAAACAUGAAGCUGUCAGGACUGUUUGGUGUGUUUUUACUCUUGUGUGUUGACCUGAGAAGUUCCGGGAUGUCUCAUCCCAAACCGUCCUGCCGCUACCCUCCGUCCCAGUGGUGUCGGUCCCUGGAGAUAGCAAUAGAGUGCAAGGUUCAGAAGCAGUGUAUGGAGGUGAACGCUACCAGGCCGAACCAGUCUGUUCCUCCAGUAUCGGUCGUUCUCUACUAUGAGAGUCUGUGUCCGGCCUGCAGAGUCUUCAUCACCCAGCAGCUCUUCCCCACCUGGACGAUGCUGCAGGACAUCAUGACCGUCACUCUGGUCCCCUACGGGAACGCUAAGGAGCUUCCAUCAGCGAACUCUCCCUUCACCUGUCAGCACGGAGAGCCUGAGUGCAGAGGAAACAUGAUUGAGGCCUGCAUCAUCCAUUUAACGGGACAUUCAGCGUUUCAGAUCAUCAACUGCAUGGAGUCGUCUGCUAAUGUCCUCAAUGCUGCGCAGCCUUGUCUCCAGCUCUACGCUCCCUCUGUCUCCUGGUCCAGUGUUGACUCCUGUCUGAAGGGAGGUCUGGGAAACCAGCUGAUGCACGCCAACGCUGUCAUGACCAGAGCUCUGAACCCAGAACACACACACGUCCCCUGGGUCACCUUCAACGGGGAAUACACAGAAGAGAACGAAGAUAAGGCGAUGUCGUCCCUUUUCCAUUUGGUUUGCCAACUCUAUAAGGGAGUGAAGCCUCCAGCCUGCACUGGAGCUCUGGUCAGACUGAACAGAGGCUUCUGCUGAGCAACUAUAAAGUGUCUGUGCUAUCUGCAGAAACUCACUAACCAUAACAUACAUACCGUAAUGUACCAAAUAACACCAUAAAAACUAUACUAAUAUGUUUUUGUAACUGAUAACUGUGUUCAUAUGAAAUCAUACAUACUUGCAUGCUUCUUUGAUGGGACGAAAUGGAAUAAAUCUGUCUGAAACAUGAA